CAGAUGCUUUUUCCACUUGUUUCUCUAGUAUUUUGUUUGGCUCGCUGGCCAGGCGCCGAUUCGUGCUCCCUAGCCAGCCAACGCUGUCGCGACGUCAUCGCCUCAAAAGCCCCAUAAAUCUUCGACAAGUCUAACAGUCAGUGCGUUACGUCUCCAAUAAGGCCUGCAUCUGAGGGAUUUCAUUCUUUCUGCCACUCGUUCUCUGUUUCUCGUCCUCUCUAUCCCUUUCACUUAACGCGCUUGGUGGAGGAAGAGUGUUAAGAUGCGUUUCUUCCACCGUCGCCAAAACUCCAAUCCCGCAUCCUCAACAACCUCACCUACGAUCGGCCCUGAGCCCACGAAACUACAACUAAAACGCGCGACCCGAACGCGCAAGAUCUUCGCCCUCCUAACUUCCUUCUUCCUGUGCAUCACCGUCAUAUUCCUUAUCCUCGUUGAAGUCGGCGGCUCCUACAAUAGAUCCGUUAUCAGUGGCUGGUACUUCAUACGACUGGACCUUAGUCAUAUUAUUCCGGCCUCAGUGCCAAAUUAUGCACUGAUCAAUACCAUUGCACAGACCCUAGGCUUGCAUGAUUUCUAUCAGGUGGGGCUUUGGGGCUUCUGUGAGGGAUAUAAGAGCCAGGGAAUUACGUUUUGUUCGAAGCCGCAGGCGCUCUAUUGGUUUAAUCCCGUCGAGAUUUUGAGGAAUGAGCUGUUAGCCGGGGCAUCGAUCAACCUCCCGGCCGACAUCAACGACAUCCUCGGUCUGAUCAAGCUCGCGUCCCAAGUCAUGUUCGGCCUCUUUCUCACCUCAGCCGUCAUAUCAUUUGUCCUCAUCUUCGGCAUGCCUUCCAGCAUCUACUCUCGUUGGCUAACGCUCCCACUCGCCAUCCUCUCCUUCCUCAACGCGCUCUUCGUCACCGCUGCCUCCAUCGUCGCAACCGUCAUGUUCGUUAUCUUCCGCAACGUCAUCGGCAGUGUCCAGGAACUGAAUAUCAAGGCCAACAUUGGCAGUUACGUGUUCGGCUUCAUGUGGACUGCAAGCGCUUUCGCCAUCUUCUCAUGGCUCAUCCAGACUGGGUUGUGCUGCUGCUGUGCUAGUAGGAGAGAUGUAAAGACGGGUAGGAAGAGAGGAAAUGAGAAGGCAUAUCAGAUGGAUGGUGCUGAAGGUGUUGUAGCGAAUGGUGCUGCGAAUACAGCAGAGAAGAAUGCGGGGAGGAAGAGGUUUAGAUUCGGAAAGAGGAGUGUGUAGAAUAAGAAUGGCUGACGAAAGAUAUUGGUAUUAAUGCUGCAAUCGGACUCUUUACUUCCAUGACUUCAUAACCUCGGGCUCCGGUUAUACAGACAGAAUAGACCGUUUGAUUGUUUGGAUGGCAUGGGAUAUAGGGUGGAUUCGGGUAUGCGUUGCGUCGCAUUUUGGAACAUGUCUAUGGGGUGUGAAUGGCUACUAUGGAGCGACCUGUACUACAUUGAAUGCGUAGAUAUGUAAUCAACAGAAAUGGCGCAUUUAAUGAACGUAGGGUCCAUUUGAAACUUCGG